UGGCCACAGUGACACCUGGUGGUACGAGCAGCAUCUCCGCGGUAAAUGACGGGCCUGGUUCUGGAUCCUGAGUGGUUCAUUAGGGGAGGGCAACACCGCUGCUGCGCACUGUUUCCUCUGAACUGCACUGCUGCCUGCGACACGGAGCCCAGGAGGGUCCACUGCUUCUCCUCCGAGGUGAAACCGUUCCCUUCCUUUCCCGCCCCCUCCGGUCCUCCUCGGAGCGGAAUGCGCUGAUCUCCGCUUCAUCUGUGGAAGGAUGAUUUCUGUGGUAUCCACUGUGGAGAGCGUCCCAAGAGGCACGGGCACCCCGGCGCCGAGUCUGUACCAGCGGAUCAGGAAGGUCUUAACUAGGGAUCUGUUGGUGACCCUGGCCCUGGGUCAGGUCCUGUCCUUGUUAAUCUGUGCUAUCGGUCUGACCAGCAAGUACCUGGCUGAUGACUUCCACGCUAACACACCAGUGUUCCAGAGCUUUCUCAACUACAUCCUGCUGUUUCUGGUCUACACCACCACACUGGCAGUCAGGCAAGGGGAGGGGAACCUGCUGGCCAUUCUGAAGCAGCGCUGGUGGAAAUACAUGAUUCUGGGUUUAAUAGACAUUGAGGCCAACUAUCUGAUCCUUAAAGCCUACCAGUACACUACACUCUCCAGUGUACAGCUGUUGGACUGUUUUGCCAUCCUGGUGGUCCUGCUGCUGUCCUGGUUCUUUCUCUUGGUGAGGUACAAGGUUGUCCACUUUGUUGGGGCAGGACUGUGUCUGCUGGGUAUCGGUUGCAUGGUGGGAGCUGACAUCCUUCUUGGUCGUCAGCAAGGCCUUGGAGAGCAGAAGUUGUUUGGGGAUCUUCUGGUUCUGGGAGGAGCAACACUGUAUGGGAUCUCCAACGUCUGUGAGGAGUUCAUUGUGAAGAACCUGAGCCGUGUGGAGUUCCUCGGCAUGAUGGGACUUUUCGGAUCCUUCUUCAGUGGCAUUCAGCUGGCCAUCAUGGAACACAAGGAGCUGUUGAAGGUACCGUGGGACUGGCAAAUAGGUCUUUUCUACAUUGGUUUUAGUGCCUUCAUGUUCGGCCUGUACAGCUUCAUGCCGGUGGUGAUAAAGAGAACAAGUGCCACCUCAGUCAAUCUCUCUCUGCUCACAGCUGACCUGUACAGCCUCUUCUGUGGCCUCUUCCUCUUUCACUAUAAGUUCUCGGGCCUCUAUAUGUUGUCAUUCCUCAUCAUUAUCUUGGGCCUGGUCCUUUACUCUUCCUCAUCUACCUAUGUGGCCCAGGACCCACGAGUCUACAAGCAGUUCAGGAACACAAGCAGCCUGCCAGCCACCAACCAACCCCCGCUCAGUCCUGGAAUUCUGGAACCGUCUGUCACCUACACCAGCCUGGGCCCUGAGGCAGGGGACGAGCUUCCUGUACGUGUAGCCUAAGGUGAUCUGAGAGUAGGUUUAGUCUGUCAGCCUGGGGGAUCAGUGAGUCAGCUGUAGCCUCCAGUUGUAUACUGGGAAAUGGUGCUGGCUGUACCCAGUCUGCUGAGCAGUGCAGCUGGGGGAUCACCCAGUUAUGUCCAGCUUUUCAUUUUAUAGACUGUAUUGAGGGUUGGAGUCUCCACUCAUUCUGUGACCAAGUUAACACAAAUUCAUGUUACCUGAAAAAGGAAUGACCAGAAUGUAAUUAAAACAAAUGUUGAAUUGUCUGUGAUCAAAGACAGAAGUGACUGAAAAUGAUCACUCGUGUAAAUAUAUGGUAUUGUGAUUUGGAAAAUUCCUGCUUUCCUUUUUAUAUCUGUCAAUUUCUGUGCUUUAAUAUUUGUCUAUAUGCUAACGCUAUGUUUUUAUUACUUACAUAGUAGUGGGAGAAGUUAAUUUAAUUCAUUCACAAACUUCGUAUCACACAAACCUGCGCUAGUAUGUAAACAUUGCAUCAGGGCUGUGCUACCAACUGAAGCUACUAAAGGUUUGUAUUUUUCACAUGGUGGAUAUUUUAUAGGCUGAUCCAAAUAUAUUUAGAUAAAAUAUAAGUUUGACUACUUUUACACCAACACAUAUUAUUUGUUUAUCCUCCAGAGUGGAAAGAAGGGUUUAAAACAGCACUAAGACCUUUAUCCUGAGAAAUAGAAUUUACACAAAAUAAAUGAAUUGAUGAAAAUUUAAAUAAUAAAAAUGAUUUAUAAGAGACUUUGUUUUGGUGUAUGGUCAGGUGGUGGUAUGGACUCUUUGGAACUUGGCUACGCCCCGUACUGCCUUUUAUUAGUUCUUCCUGUAAAGAAAUACAAGCAAGGCCGGGUGUACAUUGUAUAUUAUAAGACAGGAUUUACAGACAAGCUUAUCCAUGCUGUUAUCACACCCAUAUAGCUGGCAGACCCAUUUCCCAUGCUAAAAUGACAAAAUAUGAUUUCUCAGAAACUAAGUUGAAAUAAUUUGACCUAGCAGCCAUAUAUUAUGUUACAUUAUCUGAGGAUAUCAAUUGAAGAAAAAAUUUUACUGGGAAUACAAAAUGGGGAAAAACCCUUCCAAAACGGCGGCCUGGUGAAACUCCCUGCCUGGUACAGCCAUGUCUUCCAAACUCCAUACACAUGUUUGUAAUGCAGGCUUUUUGUUGGUCUCCAGUCUCAAGCUGAAAGAACCAGAUGUCAUCAAUAUGUCAUUUUCACAAACUUGACCGAGCUUCUCCAGAGCCACAGAAGACACAAGACUGUACAAAUGUUUUGAGGGAUGACUGGCAGUGACCUUGAUUAUCAGGCAGCACUUCUGACUAUGUUAUACUCAUGAGAAAACUCGCAUGAGUAUAAAAUAGGUUAAUGAAAUAUAGUGAGUGAUCAGGAAGCGACAGGAUGGAGGUGUAAUGUGUUGCUGUCUGUCAAACACUUUGUAUUCCACUCCAGUCCUUACCAAUGCUGCAGUUCACAUUUUUGUUGUUUGCCAGCUGAAAAGUAAGAAGACAGAGGAGAUUUAGUCAUGUUUUUAUUGUUUUGUCAUCUCACUGUGGAGUUGGGUUUGUUUACAUGUGGCAGAUUGCUGAGAUGUCUUAGCACCAACUGAAUUAAUGGGUAAAACAUGCUUAGUGUACACUGAUAAAAUGUUGUCUCAUAGUGUGCUCGGGCCUAAGAGCAUUAUUAGGCACAAUGUAUUUUUCAUUGUUUUGUUACUAUUUUAGUCCAAAUUCUGUUGAGCCUUAAUGUUACGAGCAAUAUCUUGUCCUGUUGCACUUUGAUUUACAGGAGAAACUUGGACACAGGGACUGGACUAAAGGCAAAGCUACAUAGUUGGUUUGGUCUGGUUCUUUGUUCACUUUUUGACUGUACCUAAUUUCCUGCCUGGAUUACUUACAAUGGACUUUCAUUAGCUUUUGUAUCUUGUUUGAUGUAGUACAUUGGAGUUGUUGUCAACAAAGUGCAUACAAUGAUGUUACUUAUGGAAAAUAAAGCAUCUUUGUCAGACACCCAUCCCACCAGG